UUGCGCUCUCUUUCUUCACACCUCCAGUCCUCCACCCACCCUCAUUUCCCAGUCGCGUACGUGGGCAGUUCACACCAACCCCCACCCUGAUCGCCCGCAUCUGCAUCGGGAGCGUGAAGGAAGAAAAAAUAGGAGGACAUGACGCUGCUGUGUGUGCCGCUGGUGGGGCGGACGGUCGAGGAGAUGAAGAUCGACGCGGCGGCCGCAGCGGCCGCAGGGGCCGACCUUGUCGAGAUCCGACUGGACUACAUCGAGGGGUUCCGCCCGCGGGAGGACCUUCCACGUCUGCUCCACAGCUGCCCACUCCCCGUUCUUGUCACCUACCGGCCUAACUGGGAAGGAGGUCGCUAUGAUGGUGAUGAUGCCACUAGAUUUGAAACACUCUAUUUAGCUAUGGAACUAGGUGUAGACUAUGUUGACAUCGAGUUAAAGGUUGGUGACAAAUUUGUUGGUUUUCUUUCUGGUAAUAAGCCAGAUAAGUGUAAACUUAUUGUUUCUUCACAUAAUUAUGAAAGUACCCCAUCCUGCGAGGAUCUUGCAAAUCUUGUAGCCAGAAUACAAGAAGUUGGAGCUGACAUAGUUAAAGUUGCAACAACUGCUACAGACAUUGUUGAUGUGUCAAGGAUGUUCCAAGUGAUGGUGCACUGCCAAGUGCCUAUGAUUGGAUUGGUGAUGAGUGAGAGAGGUUUGAUGUCAAGGGUGUUAUCCCCAAAAUUUGGUGGAUAUCUUACCUUUGGAAUACUUGAUGCUACAAAGACAUCAGCAUCUGGGCAACCAACACUUGAAGAAUUAUUGGACAUUUACAAUAUAAGGUGUAUAGGACCUGAUACAAAAGUUCUUGGUCUUAUAGCCAACCCAGUAAAGCAGAGCAAGAGCCCAAUUUUGCACAAUAAAUGUCUACAGUCUGUUGGAUACAAUGCUGUUUAUCUUCCACUUCUGGCAGACGAUCUUGCUAGAUUUCUUGACACAUAUUCAGCUCCAGAUUUUUCAGGAUUUAGUAUAGAACACGAAGACCGGAUGAAGAACACAACAUCAAGGAACAGAACUAAGAAAGGAAAUCAAGGGAAGCUAAUCGUUUUAUUUCAUCAUUGCUCUCUUCCUUUCAAAGUGGAUGCAGUACAUUGUUGCCAUGAACAUGAUGCUGUUGCUAAGUCAAUAGGUGCCAUAAACACUAUAGUUAGGAAAUCAGACGGCAAAUUAGUGGGCUACAAUACAGACUACAUUGGAGCAAUUUCUGCUAUUGAAGAUGGCAUAGGAGGUCUGGGGUCAAAGGAUGCUGCUAUGUCACCAUUGUCUGGCAGGCUUAUUGUUGUUGUAGGUGCUGGUGGUGCUGCUAAGGCAAUUGCCUAUGGAGCAAAGAAGAAGGGUGCAAGAGUUGUAGUAGCAAAUCGUACCUAUGAAAAGGCAGUUACUCUUGCCAAUGCAGUUGGUGGCCAGGCCCUGAGGUUAGCCGACCUGGAAAAUUUCAGGCCUGAAGAAGGGACGAUCCUCGCUAAUGCAACAUCAUUGGGGAUGUACCCAAAUGUUGAUGGCACUCCUGUUCCGAAGAAAGCUUUAAGUUUCUAUGAUGUAGUGUUUGAUGCGGUAUAUGCCCCAAAAGUUACCCGGCUUCUACGAGAAGCAAAAGAACAUGGAGUGAAAGUUGUUAGCGGUGUAGAGAUGUUUGUUAGACAAGCCAUGGGCCAAUUUGAGCAUUUCACUGGUGGUAUAGAAGCUCCUGAAAGCCUGAUGCGCGAGAUAGCAGCACAGUAUACCUAGCAGGUUCCUUUAUCCAUCUUUUGGCAUCUUCAUCGUACAGGCUGAUGGUGAAAUAAUUGGCUUGGACAAAUUAGCCCAAAG